GUGGUCGCCGUGGGUUCUUGGUAGCGAGGCAGCUCGCUCGUUCUGCGAUCUAUUGAGAGUGGCUUCCAAGAGCCCCGUGCCUAUGUCGGGGAGGGAGGGAAGAUGGCAGCCGUGGCGGCAGGCGGCCCGGUGGGGAAGGGGCGCGACAUCAGCCUAGCGGCCCUGCAGCGCCACGACCCCUAUAUCAACCGCAUCGUGGACGUGGCCAGCCAGGUGGCUCUGUACACCUUCGGCCAUCGGGCCAACGAGUGGGAGAAAACUGAUGUGGAAGGAACCUUAUUUGUUUAUACAAGGUCUGCUUCUCCAAAGCACGGAUUCACCAUUAUGAAUAGGCUGAGCAUGGAAAAUAGGACAGAACCUAUUACUAAAGACUUGGAUUUCCAGCUCCAGGACCCUUUCCUUCUCUACAGAAAUGCCAGAUUGUCCAUCUAUGGAAUUUGGUUUUAUGAUAAGGAGGAAUGCCAAAGAAUUGCAGAGCUUAUGAAAAAUCUAACUCAGUAUGAACAGUUGAAAGCCCAUCAGGGAACUGGAGCAGGAAUUUCCCCGAUGAUCCUCAAUUCAGGAGAGGGCAAAGAAGUAGAUAUUUUACGAAUGCUCCUCAAGGCCAAAGACGAAUACACAAAGUGUAAAACCUGUUCUGAGCCAAAAAAGAUAACCAGUUCCUCUGCCAUCUAUGACAAUCCCAAUCUCAUCAAACCAAUUCCAGUGAAACCCAGUGAAAACCAGCAACAGCGUAUACCUCAGCCCAACCAGACCUUAGACCCUGAACCCCAACACUUAUCCUUGACAGCUCUGUUUAGGAAGCAGGACAAAGCUACAUGUCAGGAAACUGUGGAGCCUCCACAGACUCUCCACCAGCAGCAGCAGCAGCAGCAAGAGAAGCUUCCAAUUAGGCAGGGGGUUGUACGCUCCCUGUCCUAUGAGGAACCCAAAAGACACUCACCCUCUAUCGAGAAGCAGCUCUGUCCAGCCAUUCAGAAACUCAUGGUCAGGAGUGCAGACCUCCACCCAUUGUCAGAGCUGCCUGAAAACCGGCCGUGUGAAAAUGGCAGUACCCCUUCUGUGGAAGAAGUUUUUACAGGACCCGUCCAGCCAGGGUCUCACAACGGUGGGAUUUAUCGUGGUGUACAAAAUGCUUCGAGAACUCAGAACCUGUUCGAGAAACUUCAGAGUAUCCCAGGGACAGCAAACAAGUGUGACCCUAGUACACCAGCACCUGCUGGCUCAGCUGCCCUGAACCGCAGCAGAGCUCCCACUUCUGUCACCCCUGCGGCUCCAGGAAAGGGUCUGACUCAGCCACCACAGGCCUAUUUCAAUGGGUCCCUUCCACCUCACACAGUAGGACGUCAGGCACAUGGAAGAGAACAGUCCACACUCCCAAGACAAACACUCCCCAUCUCUAGUAAUCAGACUGGCAGUUCUGGAGUGAUCUCCCCUCAAGAGCUACUGAAGAAGCUUCAGAUUGUGCAGCAGGAGCAGCAGCUGCAUGCCUCUAACCGGCCGGCCUUGGCCGCUAAGUUUCCUGUGCUCACUCAGAGCUCUGGAACAGGGAAACCCUUGGAAUCCUGGAUCAACAAGACAUCCAGCACAGAACAGCAGACUCCUCUUUUCCAGUACUCACAAAUAUCAAGAGCCAAGUGAGAAAGGCAAGCAUUGCAGCAGCCCACGCUGUGCUCAGAAUGCCUGACUCCUCCUCCGGGAGCACCACUGCUCAGCGCCGCUCCUCGGAAUGUCACGUAGGGACAGGUUAAAAGAGACAGCCUGCCUUCCUCUAGGCCAACUUCUGCUCCAAGAGGUGCUGAGGGAUUGAUGAUAAAAUUACAGCACCUUCUAGCUUGCCGGCCUCCGUGCCUCCCUCUUAGGAGUUCUUUUGGGGAGUUUGGAGGCUGAGAAAUAACAUUCUUUUUCUUCCCUGAGUUAGAAGCAAAUGAUAGCUGUAGGAGUCAGUCAGAUUAGGAUCAAAAUGUCACUUGCAUAACUGAAAGGGCUGUUAGAAAACUUGGUUUCAGGUCUGUUUGCCAAGGGAGUUAGACUCACCAGACAGGCCCUGGCAGGGCUGAGCAACAGGCAGCCUGGUCACCCCAAACACAUCAGCUGCAGAAGCGGAAGACGCGGGCUCUCUGCAGGCAGGCGGGUCGUGUCGGGGAAGGACCCAGAAGGGGUGGAACCCACAAGUCACUCUCCCUCCCAGUGAGAAGCGAGUGAGGCCGCAGGAGGAGGGGACUUGCUCUCACAGCGCCUCCUGUGCUCCGGGGUCAGGAGGGGAAAUGGGUAGGCCCCUAACAAGGGUGGCAGGUCCCACAGGUUGUGAGACCUUUAGGUCAGAGUCAUGGACAGCCAGGUCUAAGGAAAAGGUCAGUAGUCCUAAAUGCACUUGCCAGAUACUAGUAGCCUGAAAAAUAAGCUGUCACCCAGAGGCCAGGCUUCAUAUGCAGUGGGAGCAGCCACCACAGCAGACGAUACCAGAGCUGCUCAGUGAUGCCAAAGGAAGGUGCACGGAGAGUGGAACAAGAAUCAGUUACUCGUAGACUUCUCAGCUAGGGAAGCUGUGGACAGGGCAUGCUUAGACCACCUGUAUUUGCCACUGCAAGCUCUCAUGCCAUGAGCUACUCCUGAGCCCCGCCCUCUGUGUGUAUUUGCUGCGAUGCCGUGAGCUGUUCCUGAGCCGCGCCCUCUGUGUAUUUCCUGU